AUGCCAUGGGAGAAUACGCCAGGGCAACAUCUGUCAUUAAACUGGACGCUUUACAUACCCGAGGACGCUAGAGAAAACCUCUCCUCUGAAUGUUUGGAUUUCAUCUAUAAGAUGCUCGUCAGACAGCCCAGUGACAGAAUGAGUCUUCCUAUGGCCCGUGAUCAUGCCUUCUUUGCACGUGUUCCUUGGCGUAGCCUGACUGGGCUCUGUGGACCAAACCUCACGAAAUUUCGCAGUCAAGAGUCGACUGAGAAACGCCAGAGCGGCGGAGUCGUUCAUGAUCCCUGUCACCAUAAAGCCGACCCCGCAUUUAUACAACGCUAUGGCAAGUGUCCAAAACCAAAACUGAAACAGGAAAAGAGAACUGCUUCUUAUUCUUCUUCCUCUAGCAGGAAGAUCUCUGCGUCCACCGCCUCUGCCCUCCGUAACAAGCGUGCGUUGAAAGCGAAAAGGAAAGCGGCCAGAAACCUGUCUGAGGGUAACAGUACCACUUCGUCUGAACGAAGGCCUCACGGGCUCACUGGUCGCCGGGAGAAAGCAAGAUACUCGAGGCAAUCAGUGCACUAA